AGACAGAGAAAGAGAGAGAAUGAGAAUGGAUUUCGCAAAGAAAAAUCCUUACGAUCUUCAUUUUCUUUUGAUCAUAUCCAUAGUUUUGAGCUGUUCUAUUACAGCUUCUGCAACUAUUUCAGAAGCAAAAGCUCUUCUGAAAUGGAAAUCAACUUUCACUAACCAGACAAGCUCAUCCAAGCUGUCUUCAUGGGUCAACAACACAAACACCAAUACAAGCUUCUGCACUAGAUGGUACGGCGUUUCCUGCGACCCACGAGGGAGCAUCAUACGUUUAAACCUCACUGACACUGCCAUUGAAGGUACUUUCCAAGAUUUCCCUUUUUCUUCCCUACCAAACCUCGCUUACGUUGAUCUUAGUAUGAACCGUUUCUCCGGAACCAUACCUCCCCAAUUCGGAAAUCUCUCUAAACUCAUUUACGUUGACCUCUCCAUAAACCACUUAACCGGAGAAAUCCCACCUGAGCUUGGCAAUUUACGAAACCUCGAAACUCUCCAUCUAGUCGAAAACAAGUUAAACGGGUUGAUUCCACCAGAGAUCGGUCUCUUAACUUCGGUUCAAGAAAUCGCUUUGUAUAGCAAUUCGUUGUCUGGACCAAUACCCUAUUCCAUUGGAAAUCUAACCAGCUUGGUUUACUUAUACCUUCACAUCAACUCUCUCUCUGGUCCACUUCCUUCCGAGAUUGGAAACUUAACCAACCUUUCUGAGCUAUGCCUUGAUAGAAAUAAUCUGACCAGUAAAAUCCCUCCUACUUUCAGAAAGUUGAAGAAAUUAACUCUUCUCAACAUGUUUAAAAACAAACUCUCCGGCGAAAUCCCUUAUGAGAUUGGUGAUCUUACCAAUCUAUAUAACCUUAGCCUUCAUACAAAUAACCUUACCGGUUUGAUUCCUUCUUCCCUAGGAAAUCUCAAGAACUUGACCACUCUUCAUCUUUACCUGAAUCAUCUAACUGGUGUCAUUCCCCCCGAACUAGGCGACAUGGAAUCCAUGAAUGACUUAGAGUUAAGCCAGAACAAGCUUACAGGUUCUGUUCCUGAUUCCUUUGGUAACUUUACCAAGCUGCAGUUUUUGUUCCUCCGUGAGAACGAGCUCUCUGGUCCGAUCCCACCAGGAUUGGCAAACUCUUCGGAGCUAACUGUCUUGCAACUCGACACAAACAACUUAACCGGUUUCUUGCCUGAAACCAUUUGCAGAGGUGGCAAACUUGAGAACCUCACAUUAGAUGAUAAUCAGCUCCAUGGCCCUAUCCCGAAGAGCUUGAGAGACUGCAAGAGCUUGAUCAGAGCAAGAUUCAAAGGGAACGGAUUCAUUGGAGAUAUCUCUGAAGCUUUUGGGGUUUACCCUAAUCUAGAUUUCAUUGAUCUCAGUCGCAACAAAUUCCACGGUGAGAUUUCAAGCAACUGGGAGAAGAGUCCAAAGCUAGGUGCCUUGAUCAUGUCGAACAAUAACAUCACCGGUACUAUCCCAUCAGAGAUUUGGAGCAUGACACAACUAGUUGAGCUGGAUCUAUCUACCAACAACCUCACUGGAGAACUUCCAGAAGCAAUCAGGAAUCUCACGAGUUUGUCGAAGCUGAAACUGAAUGAGAAUCAGUUAUCUGGACGAAUUCCUGAAGGAAUAAGAUUCUUAACUAAUCUUGAGUCUCUUGACUUAUCCUCAAACAGAUUCAGCUCCAAGAUCCCACAAACCUUUGACUCCUUUUAUAAGCUUUACUACAUGAACCUGAGCAGGAACAACUUGGAGGAACGCAUUCCCAUGGGACUAACAAAGCUGACUCAGUUAUCUAGCCUUGAUCUCAGCCACAACCAGCUCGAAGGAGAAAUCCCAUCACAGCUUAGCUCCCUGCAAAGCCUUGAUAAGCUCGACCUCUCACACAACAAUCUGUCCGGUCAAAUUCCAACAAGUUUCGAGGACAUGAAAGCGCUGAGUUACAUCGAUAUAUCAAACAAUAACCUGGAGGGUCCACUUCCAGAUAACUCGGCGUUUCGAAACGCAACCGCAGAUGCAUUGAAAGGAAACAGAGGCUUAUGCAGUAAUACAACUAAACAGAAGCUCAAAUCAUGCCCUUUCACAUCCUCUGUGAGCAAGAAACCGAAAAAGAAGGACAACAGUCUUGUGUGGAUAUUAGUAUCCAUCCUAGGAGCACUUGUGAUUCUCUCUACAUGCGCAGGGACAUUUACUUACUGCCUUCGGAAACGAAACCCACGCAACGAAAGCAACUCAGAUUCUGAAAUUGGAGAGAGUUUGUCAAUCUUUAGCUACGAUGGCAAAGUCAAAUACCAACAAAUCAUCAAAUCAACCAAAGAAUUCGAUCCAAGAUACCUAAUUGGAGCCGGAGGAUACGGCAAAGUCUACAAAGCAAAGCUCUCAUUAGGUACAAUCGUGGCCGUGAAAAAGCUACACGAUACCACAGACGAAGAGAUAUCAAAGCCGGAGGUGAAACAAGAGUUCAUGAACGAAGUAAGAGCUCUAACGGAGAUUCGCCACCGGAACGUGGUGAAGCUAUUCGGCUUCUGCUCCUUCCGCCGCCACACUUUCCUAAUCUACGAGUACAUGGAAAAGGGAAGCUUAAGGAAAGUGUUAGCUAACGACUACGAAGCUAAACGACUGGAUUGGGUUAAGAGGAUCAACAUCGUGAAAGGUGUGGCUUACGCUUUGUCGUAUAUGCACCAUGACCGAUCAACGCCGAUCGUUCACCGUGAUAUCAGCAGCGGAAACAUCCUUCUCGAUAACGAUUACGAAGCUAAGAUCUCCGAUUUCGGUACAGCGAAGCUCUUGAAGACGGAUUCCUCUAAUUGGUCCGCUGUUGCUGGAACCUAUGGCUACAUUGCUCCAGAGUUAGCUUACGCGAUGAAAGUGACGGAGAAAUGUGAUGUGUAUAGCUUUGGGGUUUUGAUGCUUGAAGUGAUAAAGGGGAAUCAUCCGGGAGAUUUGGUUUCGAGUUUGUCUCCGGGGAAAAGUCUGUCGCUGAGAAGCGUUUCUGAUGAACGUUUGAGGGAACCAGAGGCGGAGAUUAGAGAGAAGCUGUUGAGGAUGGUGAAAGUGGCGAGGGCCAUGGAAGAGACACAGUGGCAGGACUUUGAACCGAAGGAUGAUUCAGAUGUAGCUGACCCUAUUGUUGAUGGGUGGAACAAGUUUAUAGUCCCCCAACAAGGGAAGAUACAGUGGGAGGAUGUCUUCAUGGCUGAUGUUCAAUCCCGAGUUGUCGAAAAAGAAAAUGUCCAAGAAGAAGAUGUCCAAAACGAAGGUGCGGCAAUAGGUGAGCCAGCUGAAGAAGAACCUGCAGUUGUGAUUGAGCCAAUAUCCCGAGCAAUUGAAAAGGAUGAUGAAAUUAAUGGAAGAAGGGUUCAAGGAAAU